AUGAGUGUCGCAAAGAAAUUGAAAAAAAGCCUAAAUAUCGAACAUCACAGUGGUGAUGAUGAUAUCAUCCUUAUUGAAUCAACGACAACGUCGACUGUUAAUGAAUUUUGUCAACAGACAGAUGAUUCUUGCCGGGAAUAUCAUUCUGUCAUUUGCCUACAUUGUAAUCUAUAUUUGUGUUAUACUCAUGCUGAACAGCAUCGUUUGCGACUGCUUAAUGAACGUGACCGAUUGGUCAAUGAAUUGAAUGAACAGAUCCAUCAUCUGAAUGAAGUCAUUCAAAAUCCGCAUCACAUACAAAAACUUUUGUUCGAACACUCAGAGCAGAAACUGACGUUUCUCCAACAAUUACAUUUCGAAAAGUCUUUGAAUUAUUCUGAAAUUAUCGAAGAAUUGAAGAAUUUACUUCUACCUGUGCGUCUUCUGUUGCAACAUAGUCAAUGUGUGAGUAUUAUCCAAAUCAAUCGAAUCAAAGAAAGUUUGUCAAAAUACAGCGAAAACAAAAAAAUUUUAUUCAAUCGGCUUGUGGAUGUCAAACCAGAGAAACCAUCUAAUCAUCAUUUUCAUCUAUCUAGCUUGGCUUCACCCUGUCGACAGUAUGAGUUACCUGUUCAACGCUCGAUGCACAAUGAGAUGGCAGCGAGUGAAGAUAUUCUUCUAAUCAACGAUCGUGAACACUUACUUGUAUUCAAUUUAAUCAAUAGUUUUGAUAAGAACUUAAUUCCGGAGUUAAUCGAAUGGAAACUGAAUCUAAAUGGAAAAAUUCUUGACAUACAGUAUAGUGUGUUUUUGAAACUAUUUUUUAUUUUAACUGACGAGAAAUUAUUCUCUUUUCAUCGACCUUCAUCUACAAUUUUACUUAAUCGUUUCACUUCUCUUCCAUGGUCAUGUGCAACGUUGCUAAACUCGAUUUUUAUCUUAUAUAAAUAUUCGACAUGUAUCGAACAAUGGGUGCAUCAACCGAUUUCUUCAUCAUCGUCGAUUCAGUUGAUAAAACAGUGGAAAUUGAAUGAAAUUGUAGCUGAAUGUGAACACGAUCAACAUUUAAGAUGUAUUCGAGCCAAUCCAAGCCAAACUCAACUGGCAAUUUUAAUUGAAGAUGACGAAUGUCAAUGGCGUGUUGGAAUCUUUGAUAUCGAUAUGAAUUGUUUACAUCAAACACAUACACUUCCCAAUGCUUCGACAAUCGAUUGGAAUCUUUUCCUUUCGUUUAUAACUAAUCAACAAUUAUUGGUUAUGGAUGGAACAACGGAACAAAUCUAUUUGAUUACGGUUGAGCAAAACGUGUCAUCCAUCGGACAGAAACAGUAUUCCGAUUCGGAAUAUCCAGUAAAUGCAUGUGUUAUAACAAAUGAUAACUAUAGUCAGUUAAUCUUCAAAAUGGUCAAACCAAAUAUGCUCAAAUUCUUCCAGAUAUAA